AUAGUGACAUGAAAAACAAAACUUAUUUGUUUUCAAUUUUUUUAUUUUAUCUUUUACAUUCAUUUUCUCACUUUUUAACUAUCUCAUUAAUUAUAUUUACUAUAAUAUUUUGCCAGGAUUAUUUACAUAUUAACUAUAAUAAUUCGACAUAUUUGAAUGAAACCACUCUAUUUGUGAUAAGAAUUCAAAAUGGUUAACAAUUUUUUUUAUUUACUUAUGUAUCGGUUAGACAUGGACAUUCGGAUAACUAUUCAGCUACGAGUUAUUUCUGUGGGUUAUCAUGCUUUUUGAGUUUUGAAACUAGAUUUCAUUUCGGGAUUAUAAAUUUUCAUGUGUGUUUCAAAUCGGGUCCAGAUAACCUACAAAUAUCCAAAAACUAAUGUAUUUGACGCCGGUACGGAUAUUUGUAUGAAAAGUAAGAAUAUUAACCGAUUCAAUUCGGGUAUGUUGAAUUCAAAUUAAACUAAAAAUAACCAAAUAACCAAAAGUAAUCAUAUUACUCUAUUUGAUUCAGGUUCGAUCAUGAUGUAUAGAAAUCUAAAAGUACUUAUGCAAUUAAUUAUAUUAUGACACAUAUAAAAUAUAUAAUACUAAUCAUAAAAAUAAAAUAUCGAUUUAUAAGAAAGUAAAAAUUAACACCCGCACGGGCGUGCGGGUCAAUCUCUAGUCUUAUAUUACAUUUAGAACCCUAUUUUAAAGAACAUGAAUUAAUUAUGGUCUUAAGAAAUCGUUUCUUCUUCCGGAUACUUUCGCAACAAUUAUAGAUAUGUAUGUCCAGCUGUCCUAUUACAACUAGCUUAGCCUUUUUUAUUUGUUUUAAGUAAUUAUUUACAGCAAAUUUUUAUUAUUAUAGUGAUCAGAUACUUUUUUAACAAUUUCAACCACUAAUGAUGCUCUAAAUGUGGAAGUCUAUGUGUAUUGUAGACCACUGGCAAAUGGCGAUGCACAUCAACUCACAGCAACAUUGGUCUCUAAGGAUUUGAUCUCUUCGAUAUUACUGUGAAUUGAUGUGCAUUGCGAUUUGUUCAAGGAGUUUUAAUCUAAGUAUCUGAUUUAACAGAAAAUUCAGCUUUUGGUAAAAAUGUUUUUGAAUGUUUUUUUCUGUAUAAAGCGAACAUUAAAGGAUUAAAAAAAUCAUUGAGAAGUUAUUGGAUUGAGUCCAUAUAUAUAUCUGGACUUGAAAAGCUAAAUCAAUAAAUUUAAGAUUCAAUAAAUAAAAUAUCUGCUGAAUUUAUUUAGAAAUUGUUUUGACUGAAACUUUUUAAAAGCAAUAUAUAGUAAUGCAUUCUAAGUACAUAAUUUUUAAUAUUGUUCUGCACUAUAUAUAGUUCAUGUGUUUUUAAUAACUCUUGCAUUUUAACUAUCUAAUUCUUGAUUAGGUAUAAAGAUGACUUAUGGUUUCCAACUUGGAAUGAAUUACUUCGUUAUCUUCUUUUUCUUUUUUUGUUAAACGUUAUAUUUUUAUUAUAUGUGCUAUUUUGUGGCCUGAUUGAUGCUCUUGUUUGCAUUAGAUAACCAGUGAUAAAAAACGAAUCACUAAAAGUAAUGGCCUUCAAAACCAAAUAGUAAAAGAACUAUGUUGUUGUAUUGUAUGGUCGCUAUGAAAAUUUUAAUGGGGAAAAAUAAAAUACACUAAAGUUUGGGUAAAAGUAACGCCCAAAAAAAGAGUUAUGCUUUCUUGGUGUAAUUAUUGCUUUGUGAGGGGCAUGUGAAUGAAAUAAUGGUGGUCGUAGAUUAAAAGCUUUAUAUGCUGUCCAAAAAGAAGAAUAAGAUAUAUACAGAAUCCAACUCCAUUGAAGAAGAAAGCUAUUGACAAACAUACACGCUAGCUAAGCUUCUUGGGUUUCUUUGAAGUUCUUCCAGGAAUAUACAUUUAAACAAAGAUUUCCAAGGUGAGCGAUGGUAUUUUCCUGCACUGACGACGUGGCCACAGGUUUAAAAGAUGUUUUAACUCAUUGUUACAAAUGCAAAGGGAGAAAGGUUAGCCUUUCAGAUCACGAAGACAAUGACGAGAAACUUAUUGGGGAUUUCAACUACGACCAUGAAAUUGUUGUUUUCCAGAUCAGAAGCCGAGCGAUGGAGAAGCUAAGGAAGAAGCCAAAGAUAGGCAUGGAGAGACUAGCUUACACACCAAAAGUUUACCCAUCUAAAGAGGAAAGCAACAUCGAAAAGGAAGAGGUUGUAGAGUUUUGUUCCGUGGGAAGCAGCUUCUCGGAAUGUUGUACAAGUGAUCUGAGCGUAGAAGCAUAUAUGACAGCAAAAACUGAGUUCUCGAGGAGUUCGAGCUUGAAAGGUGUGGAGUUACAGAAUGAAUGGAAGAUGUAUUAUUUGAAUGGAAUAAGGAAAGGAUCAGUGAUUCAAGAGUUGUGUCAUUGCCAAGGAUGGCCGUUUGGUUUGGGAAGAAAAGCCGCGUUGCUUCCACCGCUACCUAAGUCACCUGCAGAGUCUUGGUCAUGGAGGAAACCAAAUAGAGUAGCUCCAAUUCCUUUUAUUUGACAAAAUAAAAGUAAACUCUAAAAGGUAAGGAAACAUAACACAAAGACCUGUUAAAAACUGUCGGAGCUGUAAAUUUAUUUUUCAAUUGGUGUUGUUGUUAAGCUUUAACUUUGAAAAGCUUCAUUUUGGAGGAAAUAAUGAACAAACUCACCAUAUAUGUCAUUGGUCAGUUAUCGACCUUAUUA